ACAGCAGUCAAGCAACUAAAACGCUCCGCAUCCAGCGUGCCUUUCACCCGGGAUCUGACAGCAAAGCUCAAUGCAAAUGUGCUUAUAAGGAUCUUUUUCACUCGCUCUUGGAUUUUAUUAAAAUGGGACUAUUUGAUGCUCUUAGAGAUUUUAGUUUAUUAACAUGGCUAAGAGAAGAAAGACAGUCUCGGAGGCUGAUUCUGUUGAUCGUUUUCAUUGCUUUGCUGUUGGACAAUAUGCUGUUGACGGUGGUCGUGCCUAUUAUUCCAAGCUACCUGUACACAGUGGACGACGAGGCUGCUCAGUCAGUCCGAAAUCACUCCAUGUCCCCUCUGUCCCCAUCUGGCACCUUUCAGAGCAUUGUGUCUCUGUACGAUAACACAACACGCGUGACCGGCUUCAGCCCACAGAUGAGCACGGCUAGCCCAAUGUCCCCGGCCCUUACUUCUGUGACGCCCCCUCAAAAUAAGUCAGACUGUCCCAAAGCAGAUGACCAGCUUCUGAAUGAGAAUGUGAAAGUUGGUCUGUUGUUUGCCUCCAAAGCAACAGUACAGUUAAUUACUAACCCCUUCAUAGGGCCCCUAACCAACAGAAUAGGAUACCAGAUCCCGAUGUUUGCUGGUUUCUGCAUCAUGUUUUUGUCAACCCUAAUGUUUGCGUUUUCAUCGAGCUAUACGUUGCUGUUUUUGGCCAGAUCUCUACAAGGUGUCGGCUCUUCCUGUUCUUCUGUGGCGGGUAUGGGGAUGCUGGCAAGUGUUUACACAGAUGAUGAGGAAAGAGGAAAUGCUAUAGGAAUUGCCCUGGGAGGACUAGCCAUGGGAGUUUUGGUUGGCCCUCCGUUUGGCAGUGUCAUGUAUGAGUUUGUCGGUAAGACGGCUCCUUUCCUUAUCCUGGCAGUGCUGGCGGUGCUUGAUGGAGCUUUGCAGCUAUUUGUGCUUCAGCCUUCGAAGGUCGAACCAGAGACCCAAAAAGGAACUUCACUAAUUACCCUCAUGAAGGAUCCAUACAUCCUCAUCGCAGCAGGUUCCAUUUGUUUUGCUAACAUGGCCAUUGCUAUGCUGGAGCCAGCUCUGCCCAUCUGGAUGAUGGAGACUAUGUGUCCCAGGAAAUGGCAGCUAGGGGUUGCAUUCGUGCCAGCCAGCAUCUCAUAUCUAAUAGGGACCAACAUCUUUGCCGUUUUGGCUCACAAAAUGGGGAGAUGGCUGUGCUCGCUUAUAGGGAUGCUUCUGGUUGGAAUCAGCAUUCUCUGUGUGCCUUUUGCAAAAGACAUAUACGGACUCAUUGUGCCAAACUUUGGAGUUGGAUUUGCAAUAGGUAUGGUGGACUCCUCCAUGAUGCCUAUCAUGGGUUACCUAGUAGAUCUGAGGCACGUGUCUGUGUACGGUAGUGUGUACGCCAUUGCUGAUGUUGCCUUCUGCAUGGGCUUUGCAUUUGGUCCAUCAGCAGGCGGGGCGAUAGCGCGGAGCAUUGGCUUCCCCUGGCUCAUGACCAUCAUUGGUGUGGUAGACAUCCUGUUUGCUCCUCUCUGUUUCUUCCUGCGAAAUCCUCCUGCCAACGAGGAAAAGAUGGCCAUUCUGAUGGACUCUAACUGCUCAAUGAAGACCCGUUCUUACUCCACCCAGGGCUCCAGCUACCAAAUGGGUGACGAUUUUGAUCCCGAGAGCCCUGAAUAAGCCUCAUCAAAGCCCUCGACCAUGUAUGUCACCCAGAGUAUCUAUUUUGCUGUAUGAAAGAGGAAAGCAACAGACUUUAAAGAAAACCACAAUGCUAAUUGGUGAGAAUGUCCCAUAUCUGUCCCUCACUGUCCUGUGGUUGUGAUGGUCAUGUUCUUCUGAAGCAAACCAAAGUUGUUCUCGUUGCUGUUUGUUCUCAGUGUGGGAGAGGUGAAAUAUCUAACCAACAGCCUUAUCGAUAUGGAUAACAUUUGUGUGUGAUUCAAAAUGUGGGAAUUCAGUGAGGAUAAAAGGAAAACAUUAACUACAAUUUUCUUCAGCAUAACAAUAUUAAUUUUUUCUCAUUCGAAAGUCAGACAGGGUAGCUGAUCAGAUUAAUUCAGUAUGACUUAAUGGACAGAUAUGUACUGGAUAUUUAUUGUUUGUCUGUUGUGGUAGGAAAGUAUGGUCUUCAUAUAUGUAUCUAUCGGUCCUGUUAAAGUCUUUUCAUAGGCGUAAAUGUCAGUGUAUUCGAGUCAGAACUCACCUUGAAAUGGGCCUUAAAAUGUUGCUAUACGUACCAUAAUCAGUUCAAACUACAUCAUAUAUGAUAGAGAACAGCUUAAGAACAUUUUAGGUCAAUUAAAACUUGAAUUUUCACGUUUGGGAUCGAUUUCUUCAAAUCUGGUACAUUAUAUGAUUCCAUUGCUGUUGUUUUCAUUUAGGCUUUUUGAUUUUUGACAGCAUCAGAUAAUCAAGCAUAAGGUCAAUAAUUCCUCCUGUCACGUUCUGUUUAUGUGACUUGCGUGAUGUCCGCUAAAAAUGAUGUACUGUACUAUCAAAGAUGAGCCACAGCUAAAUUUUGAUUGCAUAUGGUGACAAACUGUUUCAGUUUAGUUAAAGUAAAUUAUUGCUGUAAAGCAUCCAGAUACUUUAGGUACUUUAGAUUAUAUUUUGCUUUUAAAGUGUAUAUAGUAUAUAUAUAUAUAUAUAUUUAUAUAUUUUAGUAAGUCCUUUGAAUGUGCUGGAAUGCUAAUACGUUCAUUUGUUAAAGAAUGCCUCAGUACUGCUCUUUCCCAUUUUUGACUUUUUCUUUUCCUCUGUUUUUUUUUGUUUCUAGCAAAUGUGUUCUUUUUAAGAACUGAACUGGCUGUGAAAUGAAACAUGGCCUUAAAUUGAGCUCCUUAAAUCUUAAAGCCAUAUUUGAAAUUACUGGGGUUUUAUCAAGACUAUAAAUAUUUAUUUAGGCAAUGAGCUUAAUUAUCAAGUCAGAGAUCUGUGCAGGUCUUUUUAUUUAUUUAUAUUAUUAUUAAAUAAAGAUGCAUUCUAUGCCUUAAAAUCAGACAACCUGCUGCAAACACCAUUUAAUGGCAAGUGUAGCUGUAAAUGUGUUUUUGAGAAACAGAAUUCAAGUCUUAUUGUACCAUGGACCGUAUUCUUCAUAUGCUAAAUGACAGCUUAAUCUAACAUUAAAAACAUGUACAAUUCCCAUCUUUUGUUUAUCAAGUAGGCAUUUUCAUAUUAGCUGAAAUAAUUGGUUUUGGAGUUAAAUGAUCUGGCUAGUACAGGUAAAGCAGUUUAGAAAUAAGUCUUCAAUAUAGCUUGAUUCUCCUUUAUUUUCUUGGCAUUGCUGUACUGAGGGAAACAUCCAUUUUAUUGCAGGAUACAUCCAGGAAAAUAAAGUCAUAGAUGUUUUCCUCUGGAGCUACAAUCAGUUUAACGCAACAAUUGCGACCAGAACUAGCCUUUGAGAAAAAUCUUGUUAGCUCAGCUUUAAGUAUCUGCACAACUGGAGGAUGUUUGUGUUGGAUGUGAGGAACGGUGCCCUGCUCCCAAUCUCCUAUCAUAACAACUGCAGUUGUGGACUGAACAAAUGCGCGCUAGUCAGCAGACAAAAUUCGCCAGUUUUUAAACGCAAACUGUAAUCAGAUUGGUAAAUGUGCUGCCAGUGUUGGAGUUGCAGCAGUGUCCUUUAACAUCUAUGUUGUUUUUUAACCCAUUUACCCAGUAAGGGUUAAGAGUAUUAUGACAUUUAUUUUCAAAUUGUUUUAUCAGAAAUUAGUGUAAUAUGUGCCAAUGUCAGUGUGUGCCUUCAGACUGGUAUGUCUUGUUUGUGUUUAAAAUAUAUCAACUAGGAGGUUGAGUUGAUGGUUUUAUAUCCAGUGUUUGGUCUGGUGGUUAGGUUUUACAUCAGCUUUAGAGCUCUGAAGGUAAUGUGUGUGUGACCGCAAUAGAAAAUAAAUGUUUAAAAAGACAUAAUGCUUGUUUCCCCCCAAUGAUCUUUAUCAUCUUGCAAACACAACAGACUUUACAUGAUUGAUAAUUCAUUUUAGUACUGGUAUGAAAAGAGAACCUGCUAGAAUGACAAUUCAAGACUGCAUUAUCCAAUCAAAUCAAACUUUAAUAUGUUCUAUUGAUUUAAAAAUGUGCUUUGCUUUACUCAAUUGGACUAAGGUUUAAGAGUGUUAUUUCCUGUUAUUGAUUCUGCAGCGUGGCAAUCUUGUUAACGGGUUCACCACUAACGAAAUGCCACCUGCUCCCAAUGUCUUAUUAAUGGCUAAUGUUAUGAACAUUUCGUUUUUGAUAAUCCUGAUAUCAGCUCGCAAGGUUUUCAGAAGUGACGGUCCAUCCAGUUUAACCCACUACACGUAAGGAGUCAUUCACACAUUAAACAUUCCACCGUGCUACCUUUCCAUUAAACACAGGAUUGAGAACGCAACUGGCUUCACGGCUAUCAAAUGUAGCGAAAAUGACCACUGGAGACUUAAAAAUGAAUUCUGUUGCAGUAUUCGUCUUGCUUCUAGAGUCAUUGUAAUAAGUGAUAUACCUAGCCUACAGCAGAGCAGUGAGAACGGGAAGGUGCAAAAAUUACAGAGGAACUUUUUUUCAUUUCUAAUAAUUUAUUUAUCUCAAGUGCAUAAGCAAAUAUGAUAUGUCAGUGCGUAAAGGUCUUGCAGCAAGUUUAAAAGCUGUGCACUUUGUCAGAAGAUGCCCUCCACCAUAAAUAAAACCCACAAAAGAACAAAAUCAUAUUUACAUGAAGCAAAAACAACACCAACAACAACAAAAAAAGAAAGGAUGAACCCACAUGUUGAGCACUCUGUAAGUUCAGGGAGAAAAACAGGGUUGAAAGUCACCUACAUUACUAGGCUUUUUACAAUAGCGCUUUAAACAUGACAUAGCUUCCAAUAAGAACAACAGCUUUCCCAGAAAAGCUUAACCACAGUUUGCCGAAGAAGAUGUGAUGUUUCGUACUUGUUUGUUACCUUUGUUUUUUUUUUCUUUUGUGAUAGAGAUAAUUGGAGAAAUAUUUUGAGAGCAUAUGAUCGUGGCGUUGUAUUUGAAAAGCACAGAAUUACAGCAGCAGCUACUAGACAAGAAGCCAGAAAAAAACUUGGAAAGCUUGCCAUUUAAAUGUUAUUCCUUCAAGUGAAUCAAAAGGGAAAAAAAUCCUUUCUGGUUUGAGUGGUAAUGAACUUCUUAUGCAAAUAUUGCACAAGCAAAAACUGACUUAAUUCUACACCAAGGUAUGUUGUCCCUGCAACGAGGGGGGUCCACUAAGAUCCUCUAUGGUGAUACACACUCAUUGGGCCGGGGUGAGGGGACCCAACCUUAAAAAUGAUGUCCCAUGUCCAUUGAAUAGAUUACAUAGCAGCAGAAAUGUUAACAAGGACAGCACGACUGUUAACACAGGUUGGUUGAACAAGGACAGGACUAGGACUUCAAUCCCGGAGAGCCACUGCAGAGUUUAGCUCCAACUUUAAUCAAACACACCUGAACAAGCUAAUCAAGGUCUAAGGGUCACUAGAAAGCUACAGGCAGGUCAGUUUAUAUCAAGGAUGGAGGACAUCUACACGGUGGCUCUUUGGGAUGAAGUUGGCCACCCUUGGGCUAGGAGUUUUGUCCUCGCCACCUAAAGGCUUUGUCGUUUGUUUUUACUAAAAAUCUUUGAUUCAGUAAUGCAUAUAGCCAGUUACAGUAGCUAUUGUGUAAACCACAUGAAGUAACAGCAAAAAAGAAUCUUACUCCAAGUCCAUUUAGAGUAAAUUAAAUAAAUGAAAACUAACCAGCAAUACACAGACAGAGGCCACAACAUACUCUCAGCUUUUGAGCCCAGCAGACAGGUUACAGACCGUUCAUGAACUUACACAGUAGCUUUGGGAAUUAAGGAAUACUGUAUGCAUUGACAAAAGAUAGUUUUAAUGACGUUUUACACUUUGAGAGGUGAUGUGUUGAGAGGUGAACGGAAUAAUGAAUGUAAAGUGAGUCAUUUGGGAGAUACAUUCAUUAGUUACAACAUGUAAAAUGAACUUUCAAUGGCAACAAAUCAUGCCCAAGCACACGAAUGUGAGACAUACUGAAAAUUUGCUUGCAUGAUGAUAAAAUUAAACAUUCCAAACCAAAAAGGAGCAGGCUGACACAAACAUAACCAUUCACCAGAACCAACUGAUGGUGGAUAAAAAGUAUCCAAAUUGGUUUGAGAAUAAUCGCCACCAUUUUAGAACUCAUAAAAGCUCAAAGCAAAUUAAUUGUGAGAUUAUGUAAUGAGAUAAGUGACAAUUAUUGGAAAUAUAUUAUGAAACAUACAUAUGCAAUAUAAAUAUCCCUCCCUCAAAAAAAGAAAAAGAAGAAAAGCCACAAUGGCUUUGUGACAAAUAUAAAUUAGACAAAGAAUGGUCCCCAGUAUUAUAAUAACAUCAAGAUUAUCUGUCCCCUCUCAAUUCAACAUUAAAUAUUCUAAAAAUAACAAAAUUAACAAAAGAAUGAAGAAAUUUAAAAGAAAUUUAAAGAAAUUCUUUAAAAUGAGUAACAACUGUAAAGUAACAUGAGAAAAGGUGCUUUUCAUAGAGGAAAACAUUGGUUAGGAAUGGCAUCAUUUUCUAUGGACUGCUGUUCAGGAUAUAAUCCUACAUUUUGUAGUGGAUAUAGUGUAAGGCAGAGGGGCUUGAAGCUCAAAACACAACGAACAGGGUGCAUUUCCAACCAUGAAUAUCACUAACAGCACACAUGUACAUAAUUCAGUCUCUACCAAUACAAGUUAAAAUAAAAAUACAUAUCCAAGCUCGCACUAACUCUCCAUUUUGAAGCUUGUUAUGCUUAAAACAAUUGACUGCACCUUUCAGGUAAGGCAGGUAAAACUUGGUUUGAUCAUGGGAACUCAUAUUCUGUGCAUUUUAUAUAAUACUGCUGAAAGUCUACAGAUGGUUCUGUCCUCUAAAACAGUAACUAAGGACUAAAGAUGGGGGAAAAUAUUUAUUAAAAAAAUUUAAAUGUAAAAAAAAAAAAAAAUAA